GUGUGUGUGUGUGGUGUCCUAUGCUGAGAGAUGGAGGGUAGUGUAGUCACAGGGGACAUUGGAGGAAGUGAAUGUUGGACCGGAGCUUGAGAAGAGACACCACGGGACUGAUUAUGAGGUUUCAAGAGCUGCUGCUGCUCCUGAUGCUGAGGUGGACAGCAGCACACGUGGAGGACCCUGCUUUCCCACACUUGGGUAACAGCUCACAGCCCCUGCUGAGGGCCUGUCCUUGGCCCUGUUCCUGUCCACGAGAGGACACAGUGGACUGUGCUGGCCUGGGCCUGAGGGUAUUCCCAGACAAUAUCACCAGGACUACUAGGCACCUUUCCUUGCAGAACAACCGGCUGCAAGAGCUCCCCUACAACGAGCUCUCUCGCCUCCGUGGCUUGCGCACCCUGGACCUGCACAACAACCACAUCUCCUCAGAGGGCCUGCCUGAUGAGGCCUUUGAGUCCCUCACCCAGCUGGAGCACUUCUAUGUGGCCCACAACAAGCUCUCCGUUGCACCCCAGUUCCUGCCCCGCUCCCUGCGUGUCGCCGACCUGGCUGCCAAUGAAGUGGCAGAAAUCUUUCCUCUCACCUUUGGAGAGAAGCCUGAACUCCGGUCUGUGUACCUCCACAACAACCGACUGAGCAACUCUGGUUUGCCACCUGACACCUUCCAUGGUUCAGAGGCCAUUACCAUCCUCAGUCUCUCCAGCAAUGAGCUCAGCUACCUACCACCCAGCCUGCCAGCCUCCCUGGAGCGGCUUCACCUGCAGAACAAUCUCAUCUCCAGGGUGCCCAGAGGAGCGCUGAGCCGGCAGACUCAGCUCCGUGAGCUGUACCUGCAGCACAAUCGGUUGGCAGAUAGUGGCCUGGAUGCAACUACCUUCAGCAAACUAAGCAGCCUUGAGUACCUGGACCUGUCCCACAACCAGCUGGCCACAGUGCCUGAGGGUCUCCCUGGAACCCUGACCAUACUGCACCUGGGUCGCAACUGCAUCCGGCAGGUGGAAGCGGUGAGGCUGCACAGAGCGAAGGGUCUGCGCUACCUGUUGCUGCAGCACAAUGAGCUGGGGGCCUCGGCGCUGCCCGCGGGGACGCUGAGGCCUCUGCAGGCCCUGCAUACGCUGCACCUCUACGGCAACAGGCUGGAGCGCGUGCCCCCAGCAUUGCCGCGCCACCUGAAGGCCCUGGUGAUGCCUCACAACCACGUGGCCGUGCUAGGUGCACGGGAUCUGGUUUCCGCCCGAGCCCUGGCGGAGCUCAACCUGGCCUACAACCGCCUGACUAGCGUGCGCCUGCAUCCUGGCGCCUUCCGCCGCCUGCGCUCCCUGCGCAACUUGGACCUGGCCGGCAACCAGCUGAGCCGGCUGCCGGAGGGCCUGCCCGCCAGUCUGUGCUCCUUGAGACUGCAGCGUAACCAACUGCGGGCCCUGGAGCCGGAGCCGCUGGCCGGCCUGAAUAAACUGCAGGAGCUGAGCCUGGCGCACAACCGGCUCCGCGUGGGCGACAUCGGGCCUGGCACCUGGCACGCGUUGCGGGCACUGCAGGUGCUGGAUCUGAGCCACAACGAGCUAUCCUUUGUGCCCCCUGACCUGCCUGAGGCCCUGGAGGAGCUGCACCUGCAGGCUAACCGUAUCAGCCACGUGGGCCCAGAGGCCUUCCUCAGCACACCCCACCUUCGUGCUCUCUUUCUGAGGGCCAACAGGCUUCAUAGGACAAGCAUCGCGGCUGAGGCCUUCCUGGGGCUUACACACCUACUUGUGGUAGACACCGCAGAAAACCCAGAACAGGUCCUGGUCCGGCUGCCACCCAAGGGCCGGGGGCCCUGAGCCCUGAGGGCUAGCCAAGUAGCCCUGACCUGAGUGCUGACUGACGGUGGGCUAAGAAAGUUCUAGUUGGGCCUUGGAGACUGGGCCUGUUUGCUCAGAGCUGGCCAGUGCACCAGGAAUGGGUGUCCACUAUAGGUGGGGGUUGGGGUAAAGCAGGAAGUGUGACAACUUAACAUUCUGGGGUGUAGACUGCACCUCCCACCAGCUGGUGGUGGGGAAAAUAAACUGGACCUCUUUCCAUGUUCAUACGGAUAUGGACUCAGUGCCCUCUGGGACCCAUCUCUUCCCUACACCUCAGGGAAAUAUC